CUCUCUUCUAUCUACCCCUUUUUCCAUCGGUUGGUUCAUUUAGUCUCUUCUAUUUACCUGGCCCUUCUCUCUCUCACUCUCUCUCUGUAUAUAUAUGCACACAGAGGCAUACACAUCAAUCUAGUUCUUUGCUUGCUGGUUACUGCUCUCUGUAAACUACAUCAACAUAGAUCUUUGCUUGUUCAUUCAAGAAGAGUUGUGGCAUUUCCUCCAUCUCCUACAAUUGGGACGACAAGGUGGUAUCGACGAUGUUGGAUCUUUUGGUUGUAGUGAUUGCGGGGGCUUUUACUUUGUGUGCAGCUGUUAUACAAGGAACAUUGGCCUCCCGUCGCAAGAAGAAAAGUGAUGGAAACUUGGGUUCCCAUGACAACAAGAAAAGUAAUGGCACAGAAGCCAACGGGAAGCAUACAGGAAAUGCUGAAAAAAAAUUAGCGUCACUUAAGGAGACGGCUAAAAAUCUGAGGCAAGAAGGGGAGAGGAUUCGGACGGAACAGCAUGAAGUAGUCAACUCUUAUAGAAGCCAAGUUACAGCACUCAUGCUACUUAGCCUAUUUUAUGGCGUUGCCUCUAUCUAUCUCCAACUAAGUUAUACCGAUGAGGUUAAGAUGACAAUUCUCUCCUUCUUAAACUUCGGGGUUGCCUUUAGGAUGUCAUUGACAAAGCUCCAGAAAAUAUCUAAGUCGACUGGGGGCCUCAGGAGAAGGCUGAAAGAAUUGCAGAGGCAAGUCAAAGAUUUUAAAGAAUUAUUUACAGAGCUUUCGCGUCAGAUGCGUAGGCAAAUUGCGGGGCUGGAGAAAGACAUAGCUGAGGCCAUGGAGCUCUCUAAAUCAAAAGAUAAUCAGGCCGACGAAUCAUCGGUGCUUCUCCCUCUCGCAGCUUGUGCAGUUGCAUGUGCGCGCUGUAUCCCUGGUCUUUCCCUCUCGCAGCUUGUGCAGUUGCUUGUUUUGCUCUGUUCGCUCGCUUCUACACAUCCCACUCUGCUGCUUUCAACCAUUCUGCAAGGCUGUCUAUUAAUGCUAAACCACAGCGGAAAGGACUGGGAUUAAGGGCGCUGCCCUUAGAGGAGGUGAACUAUGAAGCAAUCAAGUCAAGUCCCUGGACACAGUUUUCAGUCUUCUCUGUUUGUUUGUUUUUGUAUUGAGUUCUGCUUUUACAGAAUCUUUUGGAUAUUUUUCAUUAAAAACAAGGAAUGUAACACCUGCUAUGCACGUGCAAGUUAAGAAAUACAAUUGAUAGUUAAUAUUUAAAUUGUUUAGGCAA